AUGUCGAAUCCGGAAGACUAUACCGUCGGCUGGAUCUGCGCCAUCACCACUGAGUUUGUCGCUGCGCAAGCCUUCCUUGACGAGAGACACGACACGCCUACGCGCCUUGCCUCUAACGACAGCAACAACUACGCCCUAGGCAAGCUCAGCGGCCAUAAUGUCGUUAUUGCUGUCUUACCUCAUGGGGAGUACGGCACGACCUCGGCCGCAGUCGUCGCUAAAGACAUGCUGCACAGCUUUCCAAACGUCCGGCUCGGAUUGAUGGUCGGCAUUGGAGGUGGCGCGCCGAGUCCAAAGCACGACAUCCGGCUUGGCGACAUCGUGGUUAGUUGCCCACGUAACGGCAAGAGCGGGGUAUUUCAGUACGACUUUGGCAAGACGAUACAGGCCCAGGCCUUUCAGCAAACAGGGUUCCUGAAUCAAUCGCCGCCCGUACUCCGGACGGCCGUGGCCGGACUUGAAGCGUUGUACGAAAUCGACGGGCAUCAGCUCGAUGACCAUAUCAAGACAGCCAUCCGGAAGAAAUCGCGGCUUCGAAAGAAGUACUCGCGGCCGCAUCCAAGCAGCGACAGGCUAUAUAAGUCAUACGUUGUGCAUCAUCACGACACAGAGGAAGGCUGUAGCCAAGUGUGUGGUGACGACUCGUCGACAUUGGAGGUUCGCCGCGAACGCGACGAAGAUGAAGACGACCCAAUGAUUCACUAUGGACUCAUCGCCUCUGCGAAUCAACUGAUGAAGGACGCACUCAUCAGGGACAAACUGGCAACAGAAAACGACGUGCUUUGCUUCGAGAUGGAAGCGGCCGGCCUGAUGAACCACUUCCCGUGUUUGGUUAUCCGUGGUAUAUGCGACUAUUCCGACUCGCACAAGAAUAAGGAGUGGCAGGGCUUUGCUGCUAUGACGGCUGCGGCGUACGCCAAAGACCUCCUCCAUCAGAUACCAGUCAGCAAGAUUGAGGCUGAAACGAGGAUCAAAGAAGCCCUAGGAUCUAUUGAGGAAAGCCUCGAUCAUAUUCGGUCUGCGUCGAGCCAGAUCGUAAACACAGUUGAGGCGAUUAGAUCCGACAGCCGUGUUACAGAAAUAAAGAACUGGCUCUCGCCCCCCGACACAUCCACCAAUUUCAACUAUGCGAGAGAAAUCCAGCUUGAAGGAACCUGCACGUGGUUUCUGGAGAGCGCUGCCUAUGAGGAGUGGAAAUUCGGAUCACGUCGACAUCUAUGGCUUUAUAGUAUGCCAGGAUGUGGCAAGACAGUGCUCUGUGCUAAAAUUAUUAACCAUCUUAAAGAUGUAGAUGAUUGCGUAACCCUCAGUUUCUUCUUCGACUUCAGUGACACGAGGAAGCAGAAGUUGGAAGACGUUUUCCGCUCACUGGCCUUCCAGCUUUACACGCUUGGGGGUGAAGAUGUAAAGGAACUCGAUAGCCUUUUUGAAUCUCACGAAAGAGGCCAACGACAGCCAGACACAGCGGCACUGGCUCUCGCCCUUCACGCUAUGAUGAAAUAUCCCACGAAUAUUCGCAUUGUCCUAGAUGCUUUAGACGAGUGCUCCAUGAGAGGAAAACUACUCACUUGGAUGAACGGAGUCCUUUCCAACCCUGACUUCGAGCAUGUUCGGCUGCUUACCGCCAGCCGACCAGAGGAGGAAUUUCAACGCAGCAUUCCCAUAUGGAUUGGCGAAGAGAGCUGCAUUCAGUUCAAUAAGAAAUCCGUCACCGCCGAUAUCCGCUCCUAUAUCGAGGACAGACUAGAGCGUAGCCCGGAGUUCAAGAAGUGGUCAUCUUUUCCGUCUGUGCUGAGGAGGAUUAAGGACGAAGUCGGAGACAAAGCUGAUGGGAUGUAUGGCCACUGCCCCACAUCAUACCUGGGGAACGAAUCGUCGCUAACAUGUUUUUCAGGUUUAGAUGGGCAGCUUGCCAACUUGACAGUCUUGAAGCGUGCUUGGACCGCGAAGGAAUUGAAGCUGCACUCAGAUUACUGCCCCGAGAUCUAA